UCUCCACUUCCCACCAAGUCUAUACAUUUAUUUUCCAUUCAUUUCCUCAGAAAACCUAACUUAAAAUAUCAACAGCUAGAGAGAAGAAAUAGUACUAAUCAGAAUACAAUGGCUUCAGCCUUAUUCUCAACUCCAGCAACCAUUCAAAAGACUCCCCAGUCAUUCCAAGGUCUUAGACCAUUCAAACCCACUGAUUCAUUCUCCACCAAAAUCUCCAGCGCCAGAAUCUCCAUCAAAUCAAGGAAACCCGCAUCCAGAGUUGGUGUAAUCAAGUCUGAGUUGAGCCCAUCUUUGGUUAUCAGUUUGAGUACUGGUUUAUCCUUGUUCUUGGGUAGGUUCGUUUUCUUCAACUUCCAACGUGAAAAUUCUGCAAAGCAAGUACCAGAACAAAAUGGUAUGACUCAUUUUGAAGCCGGUGACUCUAGAGCUAAAGAAUACGUUAGUUUGUUGAAAUCAAACGAUCCAGUUGGUUUCAACAUUGUUGAUGUUCUUGCUUGGGGUUCUAUUGGGCAUAUUGUAGCUUACUACAUCUUAGCUACCUCCAGCAACGGUUAUGACCCUAAGUUUUUUGGUUAAAAAGAAAUCCAACGGUCAUUUACUUAUUUUGUACAGUUGGAGAAGUCCUUACUCUUAUUAUUGUGUUUCAAAUAGUUUUCAUUAAUGUAUUCUUCUUCGAUUAUGUGUUUGCCAUUCUGUUUUA